CAUCCUCUCGACACUCGACAGAAGGUGCUCGUCGCCCUGUUUCAUUUGUGUGCGGUGACUCAUUCAUUCACGAGUAGCACGCAGUUUCAGACAGUCGCAAAAGUUUGUUCCUUCGAAGUGCAUCCUCUUCCCAGCAGAAGAGACAGCCAGGAGAAGAAGAAAAAAUGUCACCUACAGUGUGUCGCUGAAAAAAAGUUCAUGAUAAUCCGAAAAUGUAAAAUCAACGCCCACGAACGCCAGCUGAUUAAUGUAUCUCACGAGCAAACGGUUGGACGUGAAGCUGUUCCUAUGGGGCCUGUUUCUGCUGCAGAUUUUCCUGAUAUCGGUCUUCCUGGCGUUCGGGUCUCUGCUGGCCAGCAGCACCAUCCAGCAGGAUGACCAAUCGUCAUCGGUGGCGGCCCAGAACCGAUCCCGACCCGGAUUCGGCGUUAAGUUCGUCAACAAUCAGAGCUCUUCCAUACUUGCGUCGUUGUUGCAAACGGAACCCAUCGAGGGCGAACGGCAGAAGGUGGGCGGCGGACGUAUCCGGCACCCACGAUUCCGGCCGCUUCAGCUGAAGACCAUCGCCAAGCCGGACGAUUACACCAAAUACUAUAGGCCCAUUCACUACCACGACGGCUACCGAGAGCACACCCGGCUGUGCUUCAUCGAGGGAACCCACUUCCCGGCCAGCAGUCGGAAACCAAAAAGGAAAUCACCGCCCACGGAACCCGUGGGACACUCCAUCAUCACCAAUGAGACUGACUUCGAAGCAGGAGAGUUAGAUGUAGUAGUAGCGAUAGCAGCAGAGCAAGACGAAGACGAGAACGAGAUAAGCAAUGAUAUACUGCCGGACGGGCGCUGCCGGUGCCGGCCGGAGUGGCACGGUCCGGAUUGCGGCCUGCCGGAAGUGCUGUGGCGAGCGUUCAUCGCCUCGCGGAUCCCACCGAGGAAUCAAACGGCCACUCCCCGCCGGGUGCCGAAGAAUGUUUUUUACAUCAUCGAGGCCAACUUUAUCAGCGUGGAACUGCUGGAGAUCCAGAUCAUGGAACUGCUGGACGUGGUAAGCUUGUUUGUGCUGUGCGAUCGGCAACUGCCCGUUGCCGAUGGAGUGAAGAAUGAGACCUAUACGAUAGGACCGCAUGUGAUGAGUACUGAGUUUUUGAAGGGGAAUUUGAAUAAGAUUCUCUUGUUGGAGGAUCCGACGUGUAGCGGGAGGAAUGUCUUUCGGAAGAUGAAGAAGUUCAUCCGGAAAAGUGAUAUGCACGUGGAAGAUGUGCUGUUGUACAGCCAAACGGAUGAGAUUUUAAAUCGCAGGGCCGUCAACUACUUCCGGUGGUACGAUAACUGGCCGCACCCGGUGCGAUUCCGACUGAAGUACACCGUGUUUGGGUUCUUUUGGCAGCAUCCGGCCAGCACCUGGAUCGGAGGUGCCGCCUGUCAAUUAAGUACCGUGGAUGAAGCUUUUCGAUCCGACCCGGAGGGCCUGCUGAGGAUCGAAAAGCCGGUGAUGCUAAUUGGUGAUCUGAAUCAUUAUGGCGGUUGGUACUGCCGACACUGCUACCAACUGAUAGAUAUAGUGAAAUAUUUAGAAUUUAUAACUUUAGUCAAUACUACUAGUAGAGCCAACCAAUCGUCGUCGUAUCUCCCGGACCCGAAGAAGGGCACUGUAAUGAAUGUGGAAUACAUUCAGAAUCUCAUAGCCAGCGGGAAGUACUUCGACGACAAAAUCGUUCUCACCAAACUGCAGCGCCACGUGGACAAAUAUUACGCUCCCGAGUAUGUGCGCAAAAAUAGCUGGCGAUUCGAUAACAUCGUCAUCAAUCUAUUUGCCCGUUGGGAGGACAGCGUCAUCGAUGACGAAUACUUUAGUUAGGGUGUCAUAGAAUCAUCUCAACUGAAAAAUGAAAAUCGGCUCCGCAAAGCUGUACAUGGCGCGUGAGCCUUAAAAUGAACGAACUGAAAAACCAAACAUCUCAUCUCAAAUAAUGCAGCAUCAUCAUAAACAAAACAAAAAAAAACAUAAUCAACACAGCAAUCAAUCGAUAUUCUUCCUAUCAUAAUCAGCCAAUGUUUGAAAAUAGCCAAUUUAGAAAUUGCGGAACGGAAAUUAAACAGCCAAAAUUACUUACUCAACCAAUCCUCUCAUCUCAUCGUACCAUCACUUACUAUCAUCCAAAACUCAUCCCAGUUGACUCAAAAAAAAAAAGCGAGCUUGCAAUAUGGAAUGCAUGUGUUUAAGUGCGAUGAAAACGAUAUCACUUGAACGAAAACUUAUGCGUUUCUAACAACUGUUUCUGAGCUUGUUUCAAUACCCGAAGAAGUUUGAAAAACGGCAGUCUAGGAACGCAAAGGUUUCAAAAUCCCGAAUAUGAACCACUAGAUAGCUACCCAGAACAAAAUUUUGCCUGAACAGAAACAGAAUCAUUAUCGGAUCUGAUUUUGCGAAUUAAAUAUAAUCGGAACUUAUUUUUAGGUGAUUAAAAAUUAUUAAAAAAAAGUACGAAGAAAACUACUAUUUUCGAUUAGAAUUCCUACGAAACACCACAUGAUAGCAACUUUAUUAGUGAUGAUAGAAUUACUUUGAAACAGCACAUGGAGUGGAUCGAGGGGGGGGGGGAUGUGAAUGAGAAAAAAAAUAACGAAACGGAUCAUAUAAGAAGCCUAUCCAACAACAAUGUCGAUGACACCUAAGUAUGUAUACCUGAUAAAUUGUAUAGUUACUACUAACACACACCAUUGAUUCUCUCGAUUGAAUUAGAAAACGAAUUAGACUAAAUUUUGAAACGUGGCUAUUGUUUCGACUUAAUUCUCGGAAAUAUUUAUAUAAGUAUCGUAGGUAUAUAUGUACGCGCAUUUUGUGAUUAAUUUGCUUCCUUCGUAGUUUUUUGCUUUAAUUUCGAAUAAACAUAUUAUGUGUUAUGUUGGUUCUUUCAGGAAA